AGUGCGUCGAUGCCUCACCGUCACCUGUACGUGAAAUGAACACCUGUUGCCGGUGGGCUUUAAAAAGAAAAAAGUGGGUCAUAUUUCAGGUAGUUCGCAGCUCCUCAAAGGAACAAGGCCCUCGUCUGACCCUGCACAAACUGACGCACAACUUCGGACUAAAAGGAAUGCGCGGAGGAAAAUGUGUUUUUAAUCGGAAAUACCAGCGGCUGACACUAACCGAGCUACAGGCUGAACAUGCUGCAGGUUGUAUGAGUGACAGAUAUGGGGUCUGUGAGAUCAUAUUUGCAGACUUUCACUGCGGUGGCAGUUGUUUGCCACAUUUUGGCCGCUGAAGGUGCGAGCUCAGAGGUUCGCGGAAAGGUUGGAGGCGUGGUGGAGCUGGAGUGUGGCGCUCCUCCGUCGGACCCAGCGGCGGUGUCCACCGCUUCCUCACAUGUGGUUGAAUGGGUUCGACAGGGACUUGACAUUCCAGUCUUGAUUAAAUUCGGAUCCCACGUUCCUCGUGUGCAUCCUCAAUACGAAGGGCGUGUGUCCCUGGUGAAAAUCACAGCCCUGAGGCUGGAGGACCUGCAGCUGAACGACCAGGGCUAUUACGAGUGUCGGAUCCUCCUACUCGACAAAGCCACAGACGAGCAACGAAAUGGCACCUGGACUCUGCUCUCUGUAACCGCCCCACCUACAUUUACUGAAGCCCCGCCUCCUGUUGUAGAAGCUCUGGUAGGACGUGACCUUUCACUUUCCUGCGUCGCUGUGGGCAGCCCAGCACCAACCAUCGUCUGGUUAAAAGAUGGCCGUUCCAUUCAAGGAAUAACUGAGCAGGAAGGAGUGUUAUCUCUGCGAGCAGUGAGCAAGCAGUCAGCAGGACAGUACACCUGCCACGCCUCCAACUCCGAGGGAAACGUGACCGGCGUGACAACAGUCAAGAUCAAAGGUCCGCCCGUCAUUGUCGUUCCUCCCAAAAGCACCUCUCUCAACGUGUCCCAGAAUGCAGUCCUGCAGUGCCGGGCAGAGGCCGACCCACCAAACAUGACCUAUGUUUGGUUGAAAGCAGGAGAAAACGUCCAUCACAUAGAGUCUCUGAAGUCACGAGUGAAGAUCGUGGUGGAUGGGACUCUGCUCAUCUCCCAUGUCAUCCCAGAGGAUUCUGGAAAUUAUACAUGUGUGCCAACCAACGGCCUGCUGACUCCACCAACCGCCUCUGCCAACCUCACAGUGCUGCACCCAGCCCAAGCCCUCCAGAUGCCCCAGGAAACAUACCUUCCCACCGGUAUGGAUGGCGUGAUCUCCUGCCCGGCAGCAGCUCAGCCUCCGCUUCUCCGUGUGGAUUGGGCAAAAGAUGGAGAACCACUUGAUCUUUCCUUGCAUCCAGGAUGGACCUUGAAACCAGAAGGCUCUCUAAUCAUGGCUACAGUAAAUGACGACGCAGCAGGCGUGUACACAUGUACUCCAUACAACAGCUAUGGCACCAUGGGUCCAUCUGAGUCAACCAAUGUAAUUCUCCAGGACCCCCCAUCAUUUAGCACCAGUCCAGAGAAGCAGUACAAGCAGGAGGCUGGUAGAACCCUACUCAUACCGUGUCAAGGAAAUGCAGACCAAACGAUUAAAGUGACCUGGACCAAGGUCAAUGUGGAUCGCCGCACUUCUUACUCCAUAGAGCCCAACGGCUCUCUGUUGCUGCAGCCUCUCACCAAGGAGCACCAGGGGUUGUGGGAGUGCAGCAUUUCUAACCGGGUAGCCUCUCUGAAGGCCAGAACACAAGUCUUUGUCAUGGGAACCAGUCCCCAUGCGGCUACCUCUCUGUCCGUCUCUCCAGGGGUGAGGCAGGCCAACGUAUCCUGGGAGGCAGGCUUUGAUGGUGGAUCAGCACAGACAUUUUCAGUUUGGGUGAAAAAGAUUUCGACGAGUGAUAAUGAUGGGAAUCAGGAGUGGUUCUCUGUGCCCGUGCCCCCCUCCUCUGGAACCAGGCUGCAGGUGACAGGCCUGUCUGCUGCCACCGACUACCAGUUCAGCAUCCUGUCUCAGAAUAAAAUGGGGACAGGUCCCUUCAGCGAAUUCGCCACCGCACGCACCUCGGACCCUCCACCGAAGAGAAACAAACCAAAGCCUCCCGUGUCGCUGUUAGCUAAUCUGGGUGCAGCAGGUGUUGUUCUGCAGUGGUCCCUUCCUGAUUCCCAGCACCCUCCUGUCACGGGCUUUGUUCUCCAGUCCCGCACUGAGCCAGGGGAGUGGUUUAAUCUGGACGUGAACAUCAGUGCCAACAGCAGCGAGAUAGUGGUUCCGGGUCUGCACAAGGACUGUGUGUACGAGCUGCGGCUGCUAUCUCGACGCGGGGACUUGCUGAGCGAGCCCAGUCCAUCAGUCAAUGUCUCCACCAUGGGAAUGGAGAUCUACCCAGCCACGUCCCUUCUGCUGGAGUUCGUCCCAGAGCCAUUACUGGCCGGCAUUCUGGGUGGGGUUGGCUUCAUGUGCUUGGCACUGGUCUUGCUGCUUGGGACCGCCUGUGCCAUCAGCCACAAGAGGAACCAGCGCCGCAGAAAGAAGAAGGAUGAGCCCUCUACUGCCAUCUAUAAAUGCUCCCCAUCAAUAAAGACUUCAGGCACCGGCAGUCCAGACAGUGUGCUGAAGAAAAGCCUACUUCCAGCCAGCUCCUUCUAUCCCACAUCCUCGUCGAACACCACCUCCUCCUCCUCGCAGACACAUGAUUCCUCCUUUAGCACAGAGGACCACCAUCGGCAGAAACAUCUCACAACCAACUACAGCAGAGGCCGCCUCACUAAGACAACCUCUUCUCUCAUUUCCCCCGCAAUUGAGAUGAUAUCAAGAGGGCCAGAUGGCAGAUUCAUGCUGCCUUCCUAUGACAAUGAAACGCUGAGUGUUAGCAGCAAGACAAACGUAAGGUAUGACCAACCUUCCAGAGUCCGGAGGUCUGUGUCACUGCACUCUGAGAGAGAAUAUAGGAAAGAGCUGCCAUUUGUACUCUCUGUUGAUCUCCCACCUUGCAAACCUGAGACUGAUUUCAAAAGUGAAACCUGCAGCAUGACCCAGCACCUGCCCCUGCACGUUGUGGGUCACAAGGAAAGCUACGAUGCCUUCCCAGAAAUCAGAAGCGUUUACUCAAACAGUAGCUUGGCCACCAUUCCCCAUCCCGACAGAGGACGGACUCCCACAUUUCCAGUGCUCCCACAUAUCCGAUCUAGCCUCGGUCAGCCGUCUACCACCGCGAGCACGCUGGUGCUCCAGAUGGAACACGAGCGGGAAAGAGGGAACCUGAGUCGCUGCCUGAAACUGGCUCAGGAACGGGAGGAACUGGAGAGGGAGCUCCAGAGGUACACGCUAGAAAGAAACUCCAUGAGAGAAAUACAGAGGGACCAGCCGGACUUUGAGAGCACAGAGGAUGGCUGUGAUGAGCUUGUGUGGAAAUACAAGAGCAGCACCCUGCCUCACAGAUACCCCCCAGGCAGCAAAGAGAGGUGUGGUCUCUCGCCGAGCCCCUUCUCAUCAUCUUCUGUUUACUGGGAGGCCCAUCCUCAUCCCUCUCUGAUGCCAUCCAGGACCUCUCUCAGUGUGCCUUCACCUUCGACUCCCUCUUGUUUUAAGUCCGGCAGCCGUUGCACUCCUCCAUUGUUCACCAAACAGACCUUCUUCCUAUCUGAGGAGGCAGGCAGUUUUUCCAAAGACAGAUUAACUCUCCCACAUCUCUCCUCAAAGCACCAGAGACAUGAAAGAGUAGAGGCAGCACCAGAGGGCUAUGAUAAUUCACCACAAUCCACAGUCUUAGAAAUGCAAACGAAUGAUUCAUGCUCUGAAGCACGGAGACAGAACAAUCUUAGUCAUGGCAGCCUUUCAGUGCCAUCGUUCCAUAGCAAUAAAUAUAGUGAAAGAUCUAAUUCGGCUCUUGAUGCAGCGCCAGACUCAUCAAAGGUGGAGGUAGCGCUCCCCGAGCCCACUGAUGGAGGCCUGUGUGUUGAGAUGAGUGUAGAUGAGCCAGAGCUUGACGUGUGUGUACUGAGGCCUGCUAAACCCAUGCUGCACCACAGGAUCGCCUCUCAUCUGCAACAAGGGCACUCGCUGACACGGGGAGGUCGACUUGAAGACAUGAGAAGGACCACAAGGCUCAACUGCCGUAGCCUUGCUUCUGUGGAUGAUGGCAUAAGGGUCCUGGAUUCUCCACAACAUUCAGUACCGGGACUGUGGAGAGCAGCAAGCCAAGGCUCCAGAACCUUAGAUCCUAAACAACGAAGUCAGAGUCUAGACUUGAGGAGACGGACAGAGACUAAGUUCCUGACUCCUGAUGCAUGGGUAGACUCUCUCAGCCGAGAGGACUGCUCUGUUUCAUCACCCCGUCACCCUGACUCUCUGUUCUGGAAACCUCAGAACUCCCUUCCCAGAAAAAGUUCUAAAUCUUCUGCUGUCUCCUGUCCACCUCCUCCUGUGGACACUGUAUCUCCAAGGAGCUGCUCAGAGAGGCACUUACCAAAUCCUGAUGUGCCUCGCCACUACAAGCCAAGAAGAGAGGCAUCCCUCUUACGCGAUACUGCCAAAUGGCCUGUCGCCUACCAAGAGGUCAUGAAAGAGACAGGAGGUUACUUGGAGGAAGCGUCCACAUGUCUGCUGCCCAACAACAAUGAUCAAGAGGUCGUGGAAGUGGAGGCAGAAGGCUACGAGGAGGAGCCAGAGUCGGGGAGCUACAGCAGUUAUGCCAGCAGUGGCCGAGGCAGCAUGGAACCCACUGGCAGGCGCCUUUCCUUGUGUCACCUUUCCCCAACCCUGGGCAGCUCACCUGAAACUGUAGAGGACACCCAGCACAGUACAGAGGACAAGCACCACUACCAAAUAAAACCAAGCCAAAGCAGAAAGGCCUCCGUAGAUGAGAAUUAUGAGUGGGAUGCUGCUGAUUUGUGCUCACAGCCUGGAGACCAUGAUGGCCUGCUUCCACCACUGAAUCUGCUGAAGCCUGCUCCCAGCAUGCAGCGCUCCACUAAGGCACUGAAAAAUUGCACUCCAGUGUCUUCUCUCCUGGGGCAUCAAAACAGCUGCUCCGUUGGGCCAGAACCAGACACCGUCCUGUUCUGACACUGCCAGCCUACGGCUCAUCUCACCUGGUGUGUCCUUUCACUUAUUGACUCGCAGCGUAACGUGCAUGUGGCAGAAAGUGAGCCAUUGUGUGAUUGAUUUUUUUACCCUUUUCAAAAAAAAAAGAAAGAAAGAAAGACGCAUAAGUACAGAACACUUUCCAGAGGAGGGUAUUCUGUUUGGUCUCAACACGUCACAGUCUGAGUAACAGUAAUGGAGACAGAAAAUCACUAUCGCUCCAAUGCAAUGCUGCAAAUUUUGCUCUAUCAUGUUUUUUUGGCAUUUUUCUUUUACCAGUCUGCCAAUCUGUCGAUAUCAAAGCAUUUCACUGUGCUGAUGGAUUCACCACGUUGUCUUGUGUAGUCUGAUAUGCAUUCUUCAUCUCAGGAUGAGUCAGUGACUACACAGGGAACAAAAACAGUUUCAGUCAUCAUCGAGAGACUGGUUAAUGCAGUGGAUGAUUACACUUUUACAUACCAUCAAUCACCUUUGGGUUCAGCAAAAAAAAAAAAAAAAAGAUGCCUAUGAUAGAUGAGUAAAUAAGGAUAAAGAGACUGAGAUUGAAUAAAGAUUGAUAGAAUAUAAAAGAUUAUUCUGCAGCAAAAGAACUGGUUUACUUUAAUGUUCCAUUUGUCCUAAAAGUGUAAUUUACUAGCACAAAUAGUUAUACGCUUUGUCUGCCAUUACAAAAUGGGAACCCACACAUCUAUUUAGUUUUCAGUUCGUGCAGUCUCCUAGCUCUGACUUCAUUGUGUUCAGUGACUGAAGUGGGUUGUGUCAACUUGUUGAGAUUGUUAUGGCCAUACAGAAAACUUAGCUUUCCAAGGAUCACUGCUCGCUGAGCGGUGAAGUGGUGACUGCUUUUUGUCUCCCUGCAACACUGGCUUCACACUCACACAGUCAUUUACAUUGACACUUUGAAGAUAACAGAAGCGCUGAUAAAUGUCACUAGCUGAAAUCCUUCCGCGUUGAAUGGAAAGUCAGCACAUCCCCCAAGAGCUCAGUCACAAUUCAACAUCUUGAAUCGAAUUGUGUUGUUAUGGCAGAUGCCAUCUGACAAAAUCCUGCUGCAUAAAUUGACUUUGCAAUUUUUUUUGAGUGCUUUUUUGAGUCAUAUUUGUAUUUAUUUAUUUUUUUUUAAAAAAGCAAAUAUCCAGGCCAUGAUCAACAGAUUCAUUAACACAUUCAGUGCUUUAUGCUGUUUUUAUAUCAGUUGUGGAUUACUGUAACUGGGAUUCAGAAUCUAAAAGGGUUCAACCAACAUCUGGUCAGUAAUUAAAAUGGAAAGCUAUGAAUUUCAGGUCGGGCUGAUACUAUGUAGAGUUCAGGUAGCUGGAAAGCACCUAAGUAUGGAUAUCUGACAUCAGCCUGUGCUCAGUGUACCUGCAACCAGCAACCUGCAGUUAGGUGUAUGGGUAGUGAGACAUUGACUCUUUUAAAUAUGAACCCAGCAGAAUAGCUACUACACAACGCACGCAUUCACAUAUUGGGCUAAGGAGUAAUGUUUAAUCAAUAGAGGUCCAGAGAGAGAGAAAGAGAGACAGCGGCCAUUUGCCGUUGCAAUUCCACAAUCCAUACUCAUUCAACUCAAAUUAGAGUAAACAGUGUGCAAAUAAAUAAAUAAUAAUAAUAAAAAAGACUUCUUCUACUGACAAUGACUUGUAAGAGGUUGCCUUAUAACUUGCACAUUUGCUCUGUUGAACAGUUAAAACCUUCUUGACGGGACUGACAUUAGAGGGGUUUAAAAUCGCAGACGCUAAAAUGUAGGAAGCCGUCCUGCAAGCUGUGCUGCGCCCCUUCACUCAGGACCACUUAGAGAAAGAGAGCAGACCAGCUAAAGCGUGACAGAGAGGAGACAGAAAUGAGACUGCUCACUAAACGCCUGAUAUUGAGAGAAAUAUGCUGGCGGAACCUGGAGAAGGACAGUCAAUUAGGGGCUGAUGUUUGCUGCCCUAGCGUUAGCUCGCCGGCCACCUUAAUAACAAGGCAGCGAGCGGUGGCAAGCAAUGCAUGGAUAGUGGUUCAUUUGGCCCUUUAAUAUUCACCUCAGUAUAAGCCCUUGAAGGAAUGCCAGUAGAAUGUUGGUUAUUCUACCUGCAGUUGUGACUGAGCACUUCAAGUUACAUAGUUUUCUUUUAAGGCAUAGCAACGGAAGAUGACGUUAAACACUGAUUUGGUCAUGUAAUCAACAGUACUCAUAUCUCAUGUUGUGAUAUACAGCAUAUUGUUACUUGUAACGUGUAAGAGCCCUAAUUUUCAUGAAGCCAUUCCUCCUCUUGCAGAUUAUAUUCCAGGCACAGUCGUUCCACCAUCGGCACGAACCCACUGAGAGAAAUAAGCUCAUGACUUUCUUUUCCAUGAACAAUGGAGGAAAGGAAAACGAAAAAUUGGUUUUGCUUGCUGCUCCCCUAGCUUAGGGCCCUCACAUUAGUCAAGCAAAUAAUUAACUCAGCACUCUGCCAUGUACCAAAGCAUUGUGGGGUAUCCAUCCUAUAAUUGAAAUUCACUCAUACUGUAGAGGUUACAUUUACUGGAAAUCAAUGUUUCCCUUCUGUAAAACAUUUUCAUUUUCUAGGUGUACAUACGGUAUAUCGUACCACAAGUCCAUAAAUGAUCAAACCCCGCAUGCUUCUCUCUGGAUAUCUACUCAGCACUGCAUUUUCCCAACGUUUUUGAAGUUGACUUUAAAUAUUGCGUUUCUAAUACAUAUUUCUUUUCCAAAUAUGGGGCUUAUCUAACUUACAUGACACUCAUAUAAAUCAUUUUUGUCUGGCCUGAAUUUGAAAAGCUGGAGAGGAUUCGACCAUGAAAUGUUCCUUCAGAAAAUGAUAAACACGACGCUUGCUAGUGGCAGCGCAACAGGAUAAAACACCUGAAAAGAAACAUGUUCUCAAAGAGAUGUGGCAAACAGCGAAGGCUCAUAAAGCUGAUUGUUAUAUUGCUACCGUUUUCAGUUAUUUGUGUACUUAGGGGGAUUAGCUUCAAAGGGAGCGCUCUUUUAUUGCGCCCAUUAAGCAGUGGAUGAAUUAUUUGCAAAUGCCAGGUAGUGACUUUCAAAGCUUGAAAACCAAUUGAGGUCUUAUGAGCGAAAAUGUCAUAUACAAAUUGAAAAGAAUAAACAUGUGGUGCUCACAUCGCCCCAGUAAAGUCACAAACUCACUGUAAUUAGCGAGCAAGUGGAGUGUUUUUGUUGAGAGCGUGGCAACAAUAAAAGUAUUCCUGACUGGGUGCUCUGGAAUAUGAAACAGCCAUGUGAUUACAGAAAAAUUGAAAUUAAUGAAACUUAUCCAAAAAACUGAAACUUGAACAUGCAUCAAAGUUAUAUUAAUUAAAUAAAAUGACAGAAAUCAUUGAAAAAUAAAUAUUUGACGUGUUUUUUUAGUGUUUUAGUUUGGCCCAAGACCCAUCCACUAACAUGGAGGAGGUAGAGUUUAUGACCUAUUCUACAGCCAGACACCAGGGGGAGCUCUACCUGCUUUGGCUUCACUUCUGAGGAGUUGUUGCACCUCGAUCUUUUUACAGUCCAUGUGUCAUAGUAGGCCUUUGUUGCCAGUAGUUUUCUUAAAAUUUUUUGUUGGUGUGUCACUGCUUUUUGAAAACUACUGCCACCUGCUGGUGUGGAGGCUUAUUUUCCUGCCCACAGGCAAUGAAUCAGGCUGUGAGCCAGAACUAUGGCUGUGUUAUCAGUAUUUCUGAACCUGAUCAAGCAACUCUUUGAUGCUGGUUUGGCGUGUACUGGCCCUUUAUACUGCAAGAAGACAUAUAAAAUAUAAAGAAGUUUUUGUAUUUUUAUUUAUUUAUUUUUUUUCUCAAUUUUAUCUGUACUUUGAGUAAUAUGUAGCAUUCCUAGGUGUUGCAACAAAAGAAAAAAACUGAAGAGUAGGCACCUGAUUAUUAAACCAGCGUCCUUCUGAGGGAUUAUAAAACAGAUCCGAGGGCUUUUAAGACUUAAAACAUUGAUCAGUUUGAUAAAUCCCCUGAAAAAGUAGCUUUAAAUAAUUCGAAAUGUGAAUGGUAAAAACACAACGGCCUAUGGAAUUUUUGACCAAACAGCCUACCUGCCAGUCAGAUAUGAUAUAAACACAACUGUACACUGUUUUUAUGUAGCGCUUCGUUGCACACGAUAAAAAGAGAACGGGUUUUAGGAUCUUUAGAGUGAAAAUUUUCAGUAAGGAAUGCAUUCAAUGGAACAUUGUGAUUGAUGUUAUUCAGUUUCGCCAUACGAACUCAACACCUCUGAGAAGAAAACAAGAGCAUGUAGGUACAGUAAAAUGUAGACAUUUUACCUGGAAUGACUUGUCACGGAAAUUCAGGAAUAGAGGGACUCCAUUUACAUGAUCUUGAAACUAUUGAAACAAUCUGUGACGCCAUCCCAUUCUGCCCCUUUCACACUGAGUGGGCUGCCGACUUCACCGACUAAUAAAACACUUGUCUUACAUAUGAACCAGAUUCUAAUUAUAUUAAUGGUAUUAGUAGCGCUGCGCCACAUAACCUCCCCCCACCCCCAAGAAAACGAUCGAAGGUAAUGUCAUCUUUUUUAAUCCCCUGCAAUUCCAUUUAUUCAGACUCUUAUAUCGCUUUGACAUCAGAGAUUACGGGGUGGGACAAACACAUAUUUCUUGUCUGUGGCUGCGGGCAAACAACGAAAGCAGUAAUGAGCGCGUGCAAGUGCAGCUCGGGCAUGCGUCAAUACCUACUUUUCUAAUGCUUGCAGAAUUAUCACAACCUCAUGAUUUUGUGAAAUUCUUUGGCCUCUCCUCCAGCAGUGCCUGUACACCUUUUUGCUGUGCCACCUGCCUGCGUGACUGGGCACUCAUGCGGGUUUUGUUUGCUUCAGAGGAACAAAUCCGUGACCUCAAAUUUCAGUUUGAUGAUUACACUUUGAUUAAGUUCUGUUUUUCACAAACAGCUUCUCCCACUGCAGAUUAUUUAUUUCAUCCAGAUGUAUUUCUCUCUUGGAAAUGGUGGAACGACAUGCCUUUCUGUCUGCGGGCAGAUUUGCUCGACGCGAUGGCCUCACACCAGUGCAAGAGUGUAUCUGAGGUCAUCGUGGGUGCAGAAGUUGUAGAUGGAUGUGGGCUGAGUAUUUGCUGAGUAUACUGAUGAGUCGGAACGUCAACAAACUGACGCUGCUGUUCUGAUCCCAUCGCAAAAUAGUCCCUAUUAAUUUUUAUGUUUUGUUGCUCAGUACGUGUAGUUGGAAUUAAUCGUCUGUGCACUUCGCGGUAUAUGUCCACCCACCAGUUCAUUUCAUCCUAUAACAUCCUUUGUAAGCCUUGUAUUGACAACGAGAGAUCGAUAACAGCUACAUGAAAAGAACUAUAUAGCAAGGUUGGAAAUCCUUUCUAUAAACGCUAUUCUGUCUCCAGCUCUAUCUGUAACUGCAAGGGGCACCUGGAGCCUAUACCAGCUGUCAUUAUGUGAGAGGCAAGUACACCAUGGUAAGGACAACGGUCUGUCACAGUGCUAACACAAAGAGACAGAUAACUAUUCACGUGUAAAACUACAGCCAAUUGAGAGAAUGUGUUUUGAAAAAUACAGUGCUUCAGAGUCAGGUAAAAUCUCAGGACCUUGUAGCUGUGAGAAGACAGUGUUCCUUAUCAAAGCUUUUAAUGGUUAGCAAUGGUUAGAAAAUGGGUAUAAAAUGAGAAAUUAAGCAUUUUAUUGUCCAGCUACUACUACUACUAGAAAAAAGAUCAACAUAAUUUAACUAUGCUAGAAAUGAACUAUGAAGUCCAAAGUUUCAGAAACUAGAGCCUUUAAAAUCCUGGCUGAUUACAGCAUAUCGUAGCAGUUUCCAUGGUAACAUCAAGAGGGGUUCGAUGCUAUAGGUCCAAAAAAUUAUGCUGACAGUGACUUUGUCAGCACUACAACACAGGAUGUGUAAGUGUUUGCGUGAACGGGGUGAAAGCACGCUUUCCAUAUACAGUACGUACAGAUCAUUAACCAUUUUAAUUCUGUGCUGCUUUACUAAUAGUUUGUAAUUUGCCUUUCCUGUGAGCAACCUAAACCUGAUUUCCUGUCCUAGGAGUAGUCUUCCUUGACAAUAUUUCAAACUGACCAGCAUUCAAAAAAUGUCAAAUAGGCAUUUAACGUGAAGACAGCAGUAGGCACUGACAGUAACCGAGUAGAGAGAACAGCAGGCAUUGUUAACAUAAAAUUACAGAAUGUAAACAACAAAUGCCAGCACAUACAAACAGUGGAUUUAACUUUGAUUAUGUUAAACUUGACGCAGGGGCAGAGAAAACAAGUCUUGAAUGCAACACUGAUACAUCUCAUACUGUAAAGAUCCAGAAGUCAUCCAGGUCAUGGUUUAUCCAAAUAAGAAAAAGCUACAAGCAACAAAGGCAGCUGACAAAAUUGGACCUUUGCUGUAGAUGUCUUCUCUUUUUUGGCAUAUCUUACUAGGAGUAGGGCAUUUACUUGAUCAGUUAGGCUCUCUUUACACUCCCAGGGGAAAAACUAUUUACGGCUAGGAACUGAACCCAAAGCAGGACACGACAAGCUGGUGGUCAGGAUAUUCAGGCAUUUAUUAAAAGAACAGAUCUUGAUGUGGAGUGCUUCCCAUGGUUGAGAAUAUCCACAGGCAGAGAAUGUGAGUGGGAACUGAAGCGGGCAGGGUGGCAUGGCGGAGCUGGAGAAGACUGGAUACAGGAAAGUAGGAUCCAUAGGUAAAGUGCAGGUGAAAAUCUGUUAAAUGAGCCAUAAUGUAACACUCAUGCAAGUUUCAUGAGUUCACCACAGGGUUGGGCGCGCACAUUAUCCAGAAGUCGGUCAGUUUAUGCAGAAAUAAUAGGUGUGUAAUAGUCGAAGCUGAUUGGUUUGAUUUCCCCUUCUCACAUAUUAGAGGUUGUGGAAUCAUAUGGGAUAUUGUUGUACAUUUGCUUUGCACCCAGAUAAAAUCAACAAUUUAACUGUAAUAUUAUUAUUUAUAUGUUGAAUGUAUUACUUAACUUGUUAUUGAGAACUAUUCACAUCUAGAUUCAACAGUAAUUAAAUUUAUGAUCUGCAGGCCAGACUGAAGGCAACUCAUUUCUCUGCAUUACAGGAACUACUACAUGAAAUCCAUAUGACUCCAGAGGCUGCACGACAUUCAUAUACCAUUUAACCUUGCAGACAUCCAUAAUUAUUUCUGUGUUUUUCCAUUUUGGAGCAGGCCGUUAUGCAGCAGGUAUUUUAUUUUGCGUGACAAAGAUAAUGAAGAUGGCAAUUAGUGCUUGUUGCUGAGGAUAAGCCGCGGCUAUUAUCUCCUGCCAAGUGUAAAAUUAGUGCGAUUAUCAGGGAUAUUACCAUAGAAAUAUGACCGAACGUGGAUAAUUUAAAGAUAGAAACCUAAAUGGGACUUUUUCAAUCAGUCUAUCUGCACAUCCAGCGCGCAGUCUGAGAAGCAAGAAUUCACAACAUGUCAGUGAAGUUAAUUACCUCACUGAAUGCCUCCCAGCAGAAUGCGGAAUAAUAGCAUCAGGCGAGAGAGUGACUUUUAUUCUGUUGUAUUGGUUUUAUAGUGCUGCACAAUCUUUCUUAACCCCCGUUCCACUUUAAUUAGGCGUUUGCCCAAGAGAUGUACUUUUUGAAAAACAGCUGUGUUCUUGUUAUCCCGAGGGCAAUAACCUUGCAGCGAGUGUUUCUGAUUCUCUCAUUGAUUACAGAGCGCGUUCAUCCAGAAUUGAUGACCUUAUUACAAUGGCGUUUUUCUGUGUCCUUGAGAAUACACUCCUACCAAAAAAAAAGAAAAGAUAAUUGAACCCAAUUUCUCACGGCAGACUGUUGACGUUACGAAGCACUUUUCAGGUUUCUGACUCACGACCAUUACAUUUGACUGAUGUACUGUAUAAUGGCUUCCUGUUCAUUAAAUUAAAUAAUUGUAGGAAAGACCUUAGAGGUUUGAAACAGGAGAUUAACUUUUUUACUAAAAGGGAAAAGAAGGCAUUUAUAUUAUUAAAAGCUUAAUUAAAUAUAUAGAUUUAUACGGUUAAAAUAGAGCUUCUAUUUGUGUACCGUUUGCUUUGUUAAAGAGUUGCUUGGCUUUCUUGUUGGUAUUUUUAGUGGAGGGAAACUUCUUAAACACAAAGCUGCAAUGAUGUUUACAAAAGUGACUAAUUCCACAAAACAGCUUAUCGAGAUGGAAAAUAUGAUGAAGGACAUUUAGACUGAUCCCGUUUCUUUUUUGGAGCUAUUGUUGUUCAUAUUCAAAUGACCAAUUAUAAGAUUUGUAUGUAAAUGUUUGAUUUUUAUGAUGUAUAUGCAGAUUUGUGUUUUUCUUUUUUAUGUUUUAUGCAUUUGUGCGUCAUGUAAAAUGAUUCUGUCUACUGACAUGCACUCCCCAAUUGUCUGAGUGUCUACAGCGUCGUUGAUGCAGCAUUGUUAACUAUUGUGUGAAUUAAUGCACAGUGGGAUAAGCUUCACUGCAUGAUGUAAUUUGAUUUUUUUCCUCUGUCUCUUUGUCUUACAUUUCCCCCUCAAAACUCACCCAAUAUAAAUCAUAGUUAAAAUCCUUACAAUGCACCAUAUGUACUUGAUUUUUGUCAUAUUUUAAUAAAAAAAAAAUAAAAGCGA